ACAUUGCUGACAACACCCUUGUCUUUGGAUAUUAAAACGUCCUUGUGAUCGAGUGGUUACGAUAACAGGAUGAUGUGGGGGGGAUACUAUCGCUGUACCAAAUUGCUGGUAUUGCUAACCAGUGAGACAGCGCUUAUGGGAGCUCGAGCUUCGUCGGGUCACCUGUUUACCUGACCAAUUGAGUUCCUCUCACCGAGCUCUCGUCGUGACUAUCCAAUAGCGGCGCAGUGCGCACGGCAGCCAGGCAGCAAGUUGGCAGGAAGAGAGAUGUCAACACUGAAAGGAGAGCUGUGAAAUGACUUUAUGUGGGCCUGGAGAGAGCUGCAAUGUCUGUAUAAUUGCGUGAAUCGUGCUUUAGAGGAAUGCUUUGCUUGGCCGUGGCGAUUGUCGUGGUAUGGAUAAUAUCGCUUAGAGCUGUCCGUACUGCUGUCCAAAUUGUAGGUUCGUUCAAGGACUCCAGCGAUAGCCGCAGGAAUAGCUCGCUCACACCAGCGCUCUGUUAGCAUUCCUGCAGCAUUGGGAGGUCACAUCGCACGGGGCAGUUGUAUAAUCUGCAAGGGCCUGCACACGUCUCACUCCAGGACAUCAUUGUGUGCCACCAGUAGGUUUGCAGUAGUGGCUGUCAGCGGCUGACCCGUGUGAGACCGCAGCCAUGGAAAAGCAGCCUUUUCUCCCAGUGGACAACUAAAGUCAACCACAGAGUGAGGUAAGAUGGGGUGGAACAUGCUCCAAACAGAGCGCGGUGUGGUGGCGGAAUGGCUCUCCGAGUUCAAGGCAUUACCUGAUGUCCAUAUCCCCCGGUAUGCUGGUAGUCUCCAUCUGAAGAGAGCCCUGGUUCCAGCGCUCUACAGGGUGAUCCAGGCUCACCCCAGCAGUGAGCUGUUGGCUCCGGUGUGUCACCAGUUGUUUGAGCUGUACCGCACCUCAGAGGACCGCCUGCGUCGCUUCACUUUGCAGUUCUUGCCAGAGCUCAUUAGUGUGUACCUCUGCCAUGCCACCAGCAGGGGGCGAUACAACACGGGCUGCAUCGAGGCACUGCUCCUGGGCAUCUACAACCUGGAGAUUGUGGAUAAAGAGGGUAACAGUAAGAUCCUCUCCUUCACCAUCCCCUCCCUUUCAAAGCCUUCCAUUUACCAUGAGCCAUCCAGCCUGGGCUCCAUGGCUCUGACUGAGGGAGCUCUGUGUCAGCAUGACCUGCUCAGGGUGGUCUACAGCGGCCUCCACCCCCAAAGAGAGACCUUCACCUCCCAGAACAGGUUUGAGGUGCUGUGCCAUCUCAUGCUGUGCUACAACUCGGCCGUGGUCUUCAUGCCAGCCUCCUCCCACCAAUCAGCUUGCAUGAUGAGCUCGAGGCUGUGUGUGUGCGGCUAUCCCCGGCAGCAGCUGAAGGCUUGGAGGGAGCCAUGUCAACGCGUGCGGCUGGAUCAAGAAUUCAUGGUGCAGAUGCUGACUGCUGUGUACCAUGCCAUUUAUAAUGGUGAAUGGGACCUGGGAAACGAGGCCCUGCUCGACAUUAUGUACCGAUCCCAGCUGGAGCUCUACGCCAGACCUCUACUGCUGUCUAACUCGAUGAAGCGUUCGUUGCCACUUCAGCCUCCAGACGGUUCCCGGAAGCUUCUGCCGGUGGAAGUUACCCCCACAGGGAGGCGUAUCUCUCACACGGCCGUGACGGCGGCCUCCAUUCGCCGACUCCGAUGGAAGAGAGAGGGUACGGAUGCAGAUGGUGUGAGCGGUGGUGAAGACUCCUUUGACCCAGACGAAGGUUUCUCCUCAGGGGCGUCAAGCAGCAGCCAGCCCAGCGUGAAGAAGGACGCAGCGGGUGCCACUCCUCGCCCGUCCCGGGAGCGCGAGGGCCCCACUGGGAGGCUGCGCGACCUGGCUGCUGACACCAGGGCGGCGCUACGCCGCCUCCACCAGCGGCACCAGUCCCCUCCUCCUCUGGCCCUGGCCCCCAUCCUCCACUCACCUCGCACCCCGGAACCCAGCCCUCCACAGCAGUACCUGGACCCCCGUUAUGUACCCGCUUUUGGGUUGCCGCUCAUCCGGACUGCCAGCACCUCAUCCAGCAAAUCGCUGGACUGCGGGGGCUUCAACGGCUCAACGGGCCCCAGCGCGUCCCUGGGGAGCCUGAGCGCGGCCGACCGCCCCCACUGCCUGUCGGCCAUCAGUCUGCAGGAGGACAGGCUGAGCGGGGGGACCAGGAGCCAGGGCCGACGCUCCCCAGGGAGCCCCUUCUCCUCUGCAAGCCCCCUCUCAAAAGAGUCCCGGUCCCGGUCCUCGAGCUUCAACAUGCAAAUCAUAUCACAAGUGUAGUGGAGCUAAGGACAUUGUGGGGACUCUGUGUUUGGGUGUUUGUUUGUUUGUGUGUGUGUGUGUGUUUGCGUGGGUUUGUGUGUGUGUCUGCGUGUGUUUGUGUGUGUGUGUGUGUGUGUGGCUGUGCGUUCCUGUGUGUAUGGACAGGUGCAUGUAUAAUAGCAUGUAUCACUGUGAUCUCUGCUUGUGGUACGUGUGUGUGUUUGUAAUUGUAUGUGUGAGUGCUUGUGUGCAUAAGUACAUUGUAUGAGUGUGUGUAUCUGCGUUCUCUGUGCAUGUGAAUCAGCAUGUUUUGCCAUGUUGCGUACAGUCUACGCUAUUGGCUAACACAAUUAUGCAUCAGCUUACUUGUGGAGAAAAUGUUUUUGCUCAAUGUCACCCACUUGUGGACCUUGUGAAUGUGCACCUGGAAUGAAAUGAUCUUUUUUGUGCCAUAAUAUCAUGGUGUUCGGCGUGCUGUUACUACACCUGCUGUCAUUGCUCCUGUCUGGACAAUCAGUUGGAAGAGCGACAAUCACGUCAGCCGAGUGACAGGGUUUGAACAGGGAGUGGUUGCUACUGUAUAGAAAUCCAAAGAGUUUGUGUUCUUCUGCUGAUUGCAUAUAAGCAAAGCUGCUUCCAGAACCACGGAUAGAGCUCAUACUUGUUGCCUGUGCUCUUGAUGUACUAUAGAUUAAUGUGAACAGUCAGUCACACUGUUCGAAUGAGAGCGUGCAAGAUAAAUACUUUGUGAUGUAUACAUGUUCUUUCUCACUGAUGCUGUACAUUGGAACAAAUUUAUAUUUUAAAGUGUGUACAUUUGUGUAAAUGAUUAUUGUACAAUAGAAGGACAGAGAAAUAAAAAAAGUCUAUCUAUAUUGCCUGUACAGAGAUGACAUAUCUAUUAUUGUUGAAUAAAUAUUGUGCUGUUAAUGGAAAA